AUGAAACUAACUUGGCAUCUCUGUAUUUUGUCAUCGUUGCUUGUGCAAUCUGAAGGUCGUCCGUCAUUUGUUGCUUUGAUUCCGAAUGGCGACAAGGUGAUGGGCGUUGCUGCAUUGGGCCACGUAAAUCCUGCGGGUGGAGGAGUGACAAAUUCCUUUGGUAAGGCUUUUAGUAAUGCUGGCCAUGAGUGGAUUAAAGAAUUGUGCGAGGAGGACUCGGAUGGAGAUGGUGCAACGAAUGGUCAAGAAUUGGGUGAUCCAUGCUGCACCUGGACCCCUUCAACCGGUAGCUCGAUCUCUUCUUUGCCGACUCACCCAGGUGUUCCGAAUUCUUUUACAAGUGAACAACUUGCUGCUAUGACAUGCAGUGAUGAGGCAGACCAAAACUUUGUUGCCUCAAGCGACACGUCCUCAUCGACUUCAGCUAUUCCGUCAGCUAUCAGCGAGGGUAUCAGCAACAGUGGCUCACUCGACGACAUAAUUGUCACUGAAUUUCAGCCUCGCAUCUCUUCUGAACCUAAAGUCGAUCAAACGUCUUCUCCUCUCGCAACUUCGGAAGCCAUAAAUCUUGAGGCGUCAUUAGUUGUUAUGUAUUGCUUCAGCUUUACCACCUUAGCUUUUAUGAUCACGAAUAAAGCUACCAUUGGUGGCUUUCUUGUGUGUCUUAACGUCCCACCGGCAACCGAGUUUGGCAUAGAUUACGAAGUUUUUCGUACUGGUUCCAAGUUCUUAGGCGUCAAGUUUCUCCCAUUAGGAAUCCACUUCGUAGUUUUUCGUUCUCGCGAGCAAGAACAUGGCAUUCGUCAAGGCUUUUUUGUCAACAUAGAACGUCAUUCUCAGGUGAUUGUACGGGAGUGGAGUGUGGAAAAGGAAGAGCUGGGGUCGCCACAACGAGAACUUAACGUUGAAAAUCUAGAAAGAGCUGUGCUGACAUUUCAGUUGGAUAGUGGACUUGGCCCAUACCCAAAACAGCAUUUAAAGACAUGGCAUCGACUUUCGAACUACAUUUCCGCCUCGGUGCUGCAGCGCUGUGGUGUAGAAUUUGGAGUCAUACUUUUACCCGGACAUGCAGUUGAAGAUGUGCGAUUUUCUUGCGAAACGCAGGACGGAGUAAUACCCUACUUUCCUGACUUUCCUAGAACAGUGCGAUUUACACCGCUGCAGAGGACACGACAGGAUUUGACAGCAGAGGCAAGGACAACAUAUUAUUUCGAUCGAAGUGAGAGGCUUGAAGAACUAAUAGAAGAGGCAUUUAAUGGCGACUGGAAGGAGGUCAUUGGCGAGCUUCAAGUGGCAUUUCUGAUAUUUUUGCAGCUAUCAUCUUUUGCUGCACUAGAACAAUGGAAGCAGUUCAUUGCAAUGAUGUGUUCGUGCGAGCAAGCACUCUCGUCGUAUGUGCCACUAUUUCUGGCUUUUAUGAAGCUAUUGAUGACACAGUUGGAGCAGAUUCCUGAGGAUUUUUUCCAGGACGAAUUGUCUUCCAAAAACUUUUUGAGUCCUUGCUUAGUAUCUCUGCUAGAGCUGAUUGAAGACAACGACACUCCACCACAGCUUCGACAAAAAGCUCCUGUAUUGAGACAUCUACUUGCCAGUCGAUUUCACUGGAAUUCAGAUGCAGAGCUCGGAUUGGAUGAGUUAUCUCCUGUGAUAGUACCCGAAAACGAGCUUUCCAUUCAUGGUGAAACUUAUACGACGUCUUCAUCAUUAUCAUCGCUGCCUGCAUCUCUUGCACAGCUGCAUCGCCGGCAAGAGGAGGAGCGAACAAAUGCGGCAAUUGCUGCUGCAUUUUUUAGGAAAUGA